AUGGCCGACGACAAGCAAACCGGGCCUUCUGAGCCGCCGAAGUCGCCCGUGAUAGACCCGCAGAUUACUAAGGAGCUCGAGACAGAAAACGAGAACAUAGACCAGCAGCAGCUCGAGCUGCUGACGUCGCAAUUGCCUGGCUUCAGAUUCGAUAAUAUCGAGCAGCUUAACGACGAGGAGCUGAACAUUCAUUUCCAGAAGAUCAUUGGCGACCAGGAUGCAGAACACAAGGACGACAAGGACGAGGUCAAGCAGGAAACCACAGACCCACAGCUUGAGGAUCAGCAGCCGGAACAGGACCACUCGAAUGCCCCGGUUGAGCCUUCGCAUGACAUUGCUUCUACCGACAACAAGGAGAACAAGCCCGCUAAUCGGAACUUGGAUCCGGCUCUUGCGCUCUUAUCAAGCGAAACUACGAACUUCAAAGGAUUGUCUAUCCCAAACACCUCAGAGUUGGUGCGAGAGACCAGUGAGUCGCCUGCUUUGAAAGCUUACAGAGAGCUUAUGCGUAAUCAGCAGUCGGUGAUCGCACCGGUGGAUGUUGUUCACGCCCAGCUCGCCGCUCUUCCGCUUACCUUCACCGCCCCACAGCAUUUAUCGUUCAAUAUUCAACUGCUCAUAAACACCCUGCCUGUUCUGGACAACUUGGCAACGCAAAUCCUGAGAAUCAUCUCGCAAGGACCGUACCAGAAGAUAAUGGAACUGGUUUCCAAUCGUGAUUCUUUCGCAGGUAUUGCCUUUGGCAAUUUGAUCGAGCUGUUCGAAACAACAAAAAGAGUGUACAAUUCUGAAGAAAGUCCGUUUUUCACCUUGGAAAAUGUCACUUUUGGUGUUUGGAAAUAUGGCGAGGCCGCUCCAGAUUUCUUCCGCGGCAAAGAGGACACCAUUGAAGGUACGCUUCGUAAAGUGAACCUUGCCACCUUUUUGCUAGCCACGCUUGGGCUGAUCGAUCUGGGAUUCUUUUUUUUAAACGAGGCAUUCCUAGACGUUUUCUGUCCACCGCAGAACUUGGACCCAACCAGAUCGCUUUCUAAUCUCAAACAGGAUAACACAUUACAAUCGACGUUGUUGAGCUCGUCGUUCCCCUUCUCCCAAAGCAGCAGAGCUCCAAACAACCAAACCAAGUUCCUCAAGUCGCAUGCCAUUUUGUUUCUUGAGCUGAAAACGCAAGCUUUCAUUUCGGCAAUUGAGCUGGGCGACCGUUCCAAAGACGAGAUCAUCAAGGACCUGUUCCCAGACAACUUGGACGAGGUGCUGCUGAAGAGAAAACAGCCAGACUUCGAUGCCACUAAACAACCAAUUGUGCGAAACUCCACGUUGUUCACACCCGCAGAGCUGGAUUUCCUCGCAAGAUGCGAGUCCAGGAAGGAGAAUUUAAUGAAGGUCAAGGAGGAUGACUCAUUGAUGGAGAAGUAUGAGUGGAUCAAGUUCCUCAAUGAUUUGCUGGAAUAUGUCUCCAAGAACGUUGGAUUCUUGAUUUGGGGGCCAAAGGGUAAAAUCACCAAGGAAUUGACCAGACUCAAGCUGGGAGCAGAAUCUGUCACGGCCAAACGACAGUACGACGAGGAAGGGAAAGAGGUGGUCACCGACAAGACAGAAGAAGAGGAACACAAGACCAAAAAGUCCAGAAGCUACCGUCAAAGCAGGCCAACAACUUUCCGUCGUGUUUGGAGUCAGGAGGAAGAGGAGGCACUUAGAGACGGCUUGAAGCUCAAGGGAACCCAAUGGACAGCUAUUUUGGAACUGUACGGACCGGGAGGGUCUCUGAGUGAAGCAUUGAAGAACAGAACAACGUUGCAACUGAAGGACAAGGCCAGAAACUGGAAGAUGUACUACCUGAAGAACGGCUUGGAGCUUCCUGAGUAUUUGGUGAAGGUGACAGGAGAGUCUGACCGGGGCUACUCGCACGAUUCGAACCGGUCUGCGGCCAAGGUGGAGAGACCAAAGGCAGGAAACCGCCACGCAAACUUGCAAACAGGUGUCUCGAGACCGUCGCAGGCUGCAUCGAAACCUAAAAAGACAGACGAGGGAACAGACUCGAGCUACGAAGAUAUCAUCAAUAAUUUGUUUGGGGCCAACAACGAGCGCGAUAAAGACAUCCAGAAGAAUGCGCCUGCGGUUCGCACGGAGAACCCUGAAGAUGCCACUAACGAGUUGAAAGACUUGGUGGCACAGGCCUUUGAGUCCUGA